AUGUCUUUUCCAUAAGCCUAACAGACAGAAUCUUCUCCUAAGAUUGAAUAAUAACCAGAAUUAUAAAAAUAAUCAUCAACAAAUUAUGUGAUGGAUGAAAAAGAGACUCUUUAAGUCGAAUAAUCUACUGAAAAAAAUAGCAAUUCUUAACAUUAGGAAGGUAAAGGGACUAUUUUGAGUUCUACAGCUAACAUUCUAAAGAGUGGAAUAGGAACUGGAAUCUUAUUCAUGCCUAGCACUUUUUAAGCUUGCGGGAUAGGUCUGAGCAUUAUUUUCAUGGUAGUUUGUGCUAUAGUCUGCUAUUUUUGUUGGUCUUUAAUAAGCAGGAUUAUAAGAUUCCAAGAAAGCACAGACACUAAAGAUCCAACAAAUAGAAAUCUAACACUGGAAGAUACUGCUGGAAAAUUAUAUGGAAAAAGUUUUAAGGUUUUUUUGUAAGUUUGUACUUAUAUCUAUGCUUAUUCUACUUGCUUUGGGUAUAGCAUAUUUAUUUAUUAGACUCUCUAACCAUUUAUUUCAAACUACAUGGUGACUAUGGCAAUAAUGUUUGCAUUCUACCUACCUUUAUCAAUGUAUAAGAAUAUAGACAAACUUUCUCUAUUCACUUAUAUAUGUCUUAGUGCCACAAUUAUUACUUUACUUAUCAUCAUAGGUAAAUCUUGCGAUGUGAUUAGCACUACAAACGUAAAUUUUGCCUCUCUAACAAAAUUCGAUUUUACUCAGCUGCCUUUACAGUUUGGUGUUUUUUCAUUUGCAUACGAUGUAAACGGAGUAUAUACAGAAGUGCAUGCUUAGAUGAAAGAUAAAAACUAAUUUAAUUAUGUCUUAAGAUACUACCUAAGUAUUUUUACUAUCUUAGGUAUCUUUAUUGGAACUAUGGGAUACAUAGCUUUUGGAGAAAAUACAUAAGCAGUCAUUUUCUAAAAUAUUGGAUCUAUGGGAGGAGUUGGCACAGCAUUAGACUUCCUUUACAGUUUAUCUAUUUUAGCAAAUAUUUUACUUUACAAUUUCACAAUAGUUAAGUUUUUUGACUAAAUAUUUAGUAAAUACAUUAUCAAAAGCUCUACUUAGAGUUUAAUUAUAUUUUAGCAAGUUUCUCUCAGAGCUAUUGUUUUUUUCUCAUUUAGCUUUCUAGCUUAAUAUGUAAACCAAAUUAGCAAUGUUUUCAACAUCUUAGGAAGUAUCUUCUGUACCAUUUUAACUUAUGCUUGUCCCUUACUUCUUUACAUUAAAGCAGUUAAAAAAUAAAAUAACAUCAUAAAAAAGAUUUAGUGUUUAGAUGUAGAAAAUGAUCAAAAGGAAUCAAAACCAUCAAUCGCCUUCUUAAACACUCAUUACAUUUACUACAUCUUAAGUGGACUUUGCUUUAUUUUUGGAAUCCUAGGUGGUAUUUCUGGUCUAGUAAGUACAAUUAUCUCAAUAUAGCAAGGAUCCUGA